AUGAGCAACCGAACCUCAGAGCUGAACCCAUCAGAGUUCCCAAAAGUAUUUGACGAUGCGUGUGAUGCUAUCGAGCAGAAAAUGGGACAAAAUACUAGUGCAUCACUAUUGAAAAAGGAAGUCCUGGAGAUUUUCGAACUCUUGAGAUCAGUGUCUGAUUCUAUUUCGGCUUACGAUCUGGAAAGAUACAAUUCAAGAUUGACAAGGUUACUCAAACGGAUUACAACCGAUGCUUCCUCUUCUACAACAAGAAAAUUUCAGUUCAAGAGUAGACCGCAGCCAAAAGACCAAGUCAAAGAUGAUAAUAAAGCUCAGAAUAUGCAACAUAUGUCAAACGCAGCUGUUGUCUCCCCGAAAUGCGUUGGAAAGGCUCUUGAAUUCGAGACGGGAGCAGAAUAUGAAAAUCUCGAGAAUUGUUCACUCACGUUUGAGAAUGAGAAGCUCAGCGAUUGUAACUCGUCUGCCAUACACAUCAAAUCCUGUCACAACAGCGUUAUCAAUUUCAAAGGACUGCCGUUUUUGCACGGCAGCAUUUACAUCGAAGACGCUGGAAGUUGUGUAAUCGUUUUCCGAUUGCCAGAAUUAUCGCACAUACAGAUCAGACUCCAUGGACUUGAAAGCUGCGAUAUUUACGUUGCCCGUGAAGAUUCGCAACUGCAGUCCGUCGUGCUGGAAAACUGCAAAGAUCUACGUUUUCACAGCAACCUACGGGAUAUCACGAAAAUUCAAGAUUUCAGUAGCGUUGGAAAGACGAGUGCACCUGAACAACCAAACUAUCGGUACAAAGAUUUCGACUUGUGCAAUUUUGAAACACCGGCUCUCAUGCGUUGCAUUCAGAGCAAACUAAGCUCUCAACUGACCCAGAUCUAG